AUGUAUUUAUCCAGUAUCUGGAGGGUAACGGUGGAAAUAUCGCCUGGCCCAAUAUUGGAAGUUAUGUAUUUAUCCAGUAUCUGGAGGGUAACGGUGGAAAUAUCGCCUGGCCCAAUAUUGGAAGUUAUGUAUUUAUCCAGUAUCUGGAGGGUAACGGUGGAAAUAUCGCCUGGCCCAAUAUUGGAAGCUAUGUAUUUAUCCGGUAUCUGGAGGGUAAAGGUGGAAACAUCGCCUCUCCCAAUAUUGGAAGCUAUGUAUUUAUCCGGUAUCUGGAGGGUAAAGGUGGAAACAUCGCCUGGCCCAAUAUCUGGAGGGUAA